CUAACCAAAAGAACUUCGGUCGAAGAAGUGUUUUAAACAACUACUGCAAUGGCUGCCAUUCCUGUGUUGGACAUAACAGUUGACCCAAAGAAUUAUGAGGAAGGACUUCGAGAUGUCUUGCAGACUCUCCGCCCGGCUUGGAAAAGGGAUGACAUCAAAUUCAAGUACCUAACCCAAGGAUACGUGAACCACAUGCUGGCUUGCUACAUCGAUGAAGACAACAAAGAUGACUGGAUCGUUGCCAGAAUCUUUGGUACAGACUUAGACUUUGGGCAGCAGAGGGAUGUUGAGAUCAAAAACUCAAAGCUUUUCGCUGAGAUAGGGAUUGGUGCGCCUGUCUACGGAGCCUUCAAAAAUGGGCUUUUAUUCAAGUUCAUAAAGGGAAAGACGUUCUUCUGGACUGAUCUGUCUGCGUUUCGAGAUAUCAAAGUUUGCAAGGCAGUAGCUCGGGCAUUUGCCAAAGUUCAUUGCAAAGAGACUCAUAAGCUGGCCGUAGAAAAAUAUGACAUCCACAAAGCAAAAAAUAUGGAAGACAUGAUAAAGGAGUGGUUUAGCAAGCCUUUUCCAGAGGUCAUCAUUGAUGAGGAGACCACAAAAUGGUACACUAGUCAGGUCCCAACUCUAGAAGAACGCCAAAAAGAGGCUAAAAUGUUGCUGGAGCGCUUCAAUCUUGCAAUCACUCCAAAAACAUAUUGUCAGGGAGAUGCUAACCCAACCAACCUGAUAUAUGAUGAAGAAAAUGACAAAGUCUUCCUCUGUGACUUUGAAUGUGCAGGCAUUAAUCAGCCAAUAAGUGAUCUGGUUUCCUUCCUAGGAGGAGCUGCCUCAGGUAUGAUGCCCGACCCAGAGGGCACAGAAUUCAGCCCCGAGUUUAAGCGUGAGUUUCUACAUGAAUAUCUACGGGAGAGGAACAUUCUUGACGGAGAGCCUGAAGAAGUCGAUGAAAUGUUGUUGACAAAAUACUUGACACAAAUGGAUAUAAUGGAACUUAGUUGGCACUACUUCUGGCACUUAUCUGCACCGAUGUUGGCGAUAGCUCCAGCCAGACAUGGAAAUGACAACAAGUUCUUUCUCAAAAUGGGUAUAUCAAGACUUGAAUAUUUUAGGAAGAACAGGGAAAGAAUGAUGGCCAUUGUGGUCCCAGAGUAGCAGAUUCUACAGCCAUCGUAGCACUCACCGCAGUCACAGAGAAAUCUUCGGCAGGUCAGGUCACAAUUUUGGCAUUUUAACCUGUCCUGUAGGGGAUUCGCCAUACCAGUAAUCCUAUUCAAAUUCUUACCUCAGAACCAAUAUAAUUUAUUUUAAAAAACUUAAUAGCUAAUUUAUUAACUUAAUGUGCACUCUCCUCCAAAAUCGUUGAAAGUGUCCUGAAGGAAUGCUUGCAUUGAGAUGAAGUUUCUCUCAAAUAAAAUCUUACCAAAAUAGAUGUUUUCGGAAUUCUUGCACAAGCCAGGAGGAUAACCAGCCAUGCGAUCUCCAUAGACUGAUUGGAUAUCUGCAUUGUUGGAUUUGUGAGGCAACGUCACUUACUUAGCCUCAAGGUAGAAAGCUCUAAACCAUUCGGAGGCCGGAGAACAUCAUCAUGUGCAAUCUGAUGACUCCGAUCCGUUAGUCAGGCAGCAUUCUUAUUUGAACACUGAUGCGCUUAUUUAUAUUAAUGUAUACUAUAAAUAUUCAUUGUAACAAGAUAUGCCCUUUCAAUAAAUUUCUAUAUUUCUCA